AUGAAGAAGAAAGUAAAAAGUCUACAAGCUCAAGCACAUGAAGAAGCACGUGAAGUAAAUGCUGGUGAUGAAAUUUCAUGCAGUUGGAAAAGCAUUUUAGGAUCAUCACUGCUAGUGCUGUUGCUCGCAGGAUGCUCAAGCUGGCUUCUAAUGAGAAAGACUCAAUUACCUGCAAGAUACAAAGAAGCUGUAUGGAGCAGUACAUCCGAUAGAGAUUAUAUGACGAAGUGGCUGGUGGGACAAGGCACUCCUGUAGUUCUCCGAAAUACACCGUUUGAUAAAUGGGCAUCGGCAUUUUGGACACCUGAGAUUUUAGCGAAAGAAUCAAAUGUUGUGCAAGUUUUAAGCAAAAAAGGAACUAAUAAUGUAUUUCGGUACUUUGCCAAUGACCAACCAUUGUCCCAGGUCAAUAAGUUUGUUGUUUCGAAACCAUUUAUCGAAGUAAUUUAUCCUAGAGAGCGGUUUUUCAGCUUGUUGAAUCAGCAAUUCAAUGGACAUUAUUACUACUCAAGUGGAGGAGUGGAAUUACUUGGAAUUGAAACACUGUAUUCAAGAAAGGAGAUUGAGCUAUUGACUUUUUGGACCACUAGCAAGCAAGAACUUGGACAAGUAAACUUUUGGUUUGGCAUGGAGAAUGUAACAGCUUACACACACUACGAUACAUCGCAUAACCUUCAUUCCAUAUCAUACGGCAAGAAGAGAUUUGUUUUGUUUCCACCGGAGGCUUAUUUGGAGUUGAAACUGUAUCCAUGUUUGCAUCAAUUCUACAGACAGACGUACAUGUCAGUUAGUGAUGUUUUGACUGCAGAUACGAUACAAAAGCUUAAUGGAAUUGAUAUUACUUUGUAUCCGGGUGAAGUACUCUAUAUACCUUCGUACUGGUUCCAUUGUGUAAUUACAAUGGAGACAACAUUGUCAGUGAAUGUUUGGAGCCAGAGUGAAGCUUACAAUACAAUGGAGAAUAUCUACUCUUUGCCACUUCCAUUUGAGGAGUCCUGGGGUCGAGAAACUCUCAUGAAGACGUUGGACUAUUUCUGGAAAAAACUCGCUACUGAGCUGUUCCAUACCGAGUAUAAGACUCUAAUGAAACAAGUUGCACUUGAGAGAUACAAACCUCUUCUGAAGUUAUUCACUAAAAAAGAAAAACUUUAUCUGUUUUCUGAAGUGAGAAGCUACUGCAGAUAUACAAACGUUCAUUUGAGCGGUGUUGUAUCCAAAGAGAGUUUUCAGCACAUCGAUCAACAUAUCGACACUUUGAAAAACCUAUUCCUGGCAAUUCCAGUUCAAUCGAUUCGGGAAAUUAACUUUGGAAACUAUGUUGAACAUACUGCAUUUAGAAUACUUAGCUCUAGAUCUGGUGAUGUUUUAUUACUGCCUUUCUAUUUUCAACAUUGUUACAGUUAAAUAUGUGUUUUGUUUCAA